CCUCGUCCAAUAAAAUCACGAAAGCACACGAGUCCAACACGAGUCGAGUGCCCGAGUGACAUCUCCUCGCAGCUUCGUCUGUUUACACGUGGAAGCAAUGGAGACAGCCCUGGUCGGCAACCCAGCGAACGGCGUGUCGAAGCCGACGUGCAACGGCGUCGGCGCGCUCCCCGUGGCGAACUCCCACGCCGUCAUCGCCACGCCGCCGCCCAGCGCGGUGGCCCCGGCGGGCGCCACGCUCGGCCGGCACCUGGCGCGCCGGCUCGUGCAGAUCGGCGCCACCGACGUCUUCGCCAUCCCUGGGGACUUCAACCUCACCCUGCUCGACUACCUCAUCGCCGAGCCGGGGCUCACCCUUGUCGGCUGCUGCAACGAGCUCAACGCCGGGUACGCGGCCGACGGCUACGCGCGCGCGCGUGGCGUCGGCGCCUGCGCCGUCACGUUCACCGUCGGGGGGCUUAGCGUGCUCAACGCCAUCGCCGGCGCGUACAGCGAGAACCUCCCCUUGAUCUGCAUCGUCGGCGGGCCCAACUCCAAUGACUACGGCACCAGCCGCAUCCUGCACCACACCAUCGGCCUCCCGGACUUCUCCCAGGAGCUCCGGUGCUUCCAAACCAUCACCUGUUACCAGGCCGUCGUGAACAACCUGGACGACGCACACGAACAGAUCGACACGGCCAUCGCGACCGCGCUAAAGUUGAGCAAGCCGGUCUACAUCAGCGUGAGCUGCAACCUCGCCGGCCUCUCUCAUCCGACGUUUAGCCGCGAGCCGGUGCCCCUGUUCAUCUCACCAAGAUUGAGCAACAAGGCGAACUUAGAGUAUGCAGUCGAGGCCGCGGCCGAAUUCUUGAACAAGGCCGUGAAGCCGGUCAUGGUCGGCGGCCCGAAGAUCCGGGUGGCCAAGGCCAUGAAGGCGUUCGCCAGCAUCGCGGACGCCAGCGGGUACCCUUUGGCUGUGAUGCCGUCCGCCAAGGGCCUCGUGCCGGAGCAUCACCCUCGGUUCAUCGGCACGUACUGGGGCGCCGUGAGCACAACGUUCUGCGCCGAGAUCGUCGAGUCCGCGGACGCGUACCUCUUCGCCGGCCCCAUCUUCAACGACUACAGCUCCGUCGGCUACUCCCUCCUGCUCAAGAGGGACAAGGCCGUCAUCGUGCAGCCCGACCGCGUGGUCGUCGGCAACGGGCCGGCGUUCGGGUGCAUCCUCAUGGCCGAGUUCCUCCACGCGCUCGCCAAGCGGCUCAAGCGCAACACGACGGCGUACGACAACUACUGCCGGAUCUUUGUCCCCGACCGCGAGCCGCUCAAGGGCGAACCCAACGAGCCCCUGAGGGUGAACAUCCUCUUCAAGCACAUCAAGGGCAUGCUGUCUGGUGAUACCGCAGUCGUCGCCGAGACCGGAGACUCAUGGUUCAACUGCCAAAAGCUCAGGCUCCCAGAGGGCUGCGGGUGUGUAUCAAUCGCUGAUCAUCUUAUCAUCCAAGAACCAUGCAUGUUUAGGCUCUUAAUCUUAAAAUUCAAUAACUCUAGGGUGAUGACUUUGAACAGGUAUGAGUUCCAGAUGCAGUACGGUUCGAUCGGGUGGUCGGUCGGCGCGACGCUCGGGUACGCCCAGGCGGCGAAGGACAAGCGUGUGAUCGCGUGCAUCGGCGAUGGAAGCUUUCAGGUGACGGCGCAAGACGUGUCAACGAUGCUGCGGUGCGGGCAGAACAGCGUCAUCUUCCUGAUCAACAACGGAGGGUACACCAUCGAGGUUGAGAUCCACGACGGCCCGUACAACGUCAUCAAGAACUGGGACUACACGGCCCUGGUUGAUGCCAUCCACAACUCUAACGGCAACUGCUGGACCAAGAAGGUUCGCACUGAGGAGGAGCUGGAGGAGGCGAUCGCGACCGCGACGGGCGCAAAGAAAGACUGCCUCUGCUUCAUCGAGGUGAUCGUGCACAAGGAUGACACGAGCAAGGAGCUCCUGGAGUGGGGCUCCAGGGUCUCGGCCGCGAACAGCAGGCCACCAAAUCCCCAGUGAUCUGCCAUUCUGCCCUUGGCAGCUCUAAAAAGUCUGAAACUUUUUAUUUAAUCUGUUUACUAGAUCCUGUGCAUCCAUUGCAGUUUUUCAGGCAAGAGUUUGAAUUUGUCUAAGUCGACAGGGCUGCCUAGCAUAUGAUAAUGUUCGCAAUUCAGUUGCUUGAGUUUAUUAAACUUGCAAUGUACUGCUGAAUCAAUAAUA